AACCCACUUUAGUAUUUUUCUAUGUGGUUUUAGAAGUUUUAUUUUUCAUAAUGACUUUAUACUAACUCUCUUUGCUUCGGUCACUAUAGACCACAUUAAACUGGCACUUGCCAGUAAAUUUCCCUCAAUGUAUUAUAUUUAAAGGAAGAGUGAUCUGUUUUUUUGUCUUUUCUACUCCUAAUUUGGAAGUGGAUGAAUUGUACAUCUCAACGUUAUUGUUUCCAGAGUUAUUCAAGAGAGAAAGCUAGAAAAAGGUACAAGAGGAACACAAGGGAGAGAGGAACAAAAAGAGCGGGAUCAAGAAACAACUCACAAACAAAUCCCCACUGUCACUCCCUCUUAUCACGGCACUUUCUGGCAGUCAGCAGUCCAGCCUCGCUGCUGUUGCUGCCUCUGUACUGUCCAGCAUACACAGUGCUCCUGCGAUCACCUGACAGUCUCAUGUUGUUGUGUGAAUUUAGUUCAACGCUAUUCUUAGACUGCUUUGGCUGAGAGAGGAGAAGAAAGAGGAAUAGAGGGAGAGAGAGGGAGAGGGCAGGGGAAAGACUGGCAGACUCGCCACGAUGCCCAGCUGGCCAGUCCCCCAGCUGGAGCCCGGUCAGAUCAGGCUAAUAGUGUACCAGGACUGUGAGAGGCGGGGCAGAAAUGUCCUUUUCGACUCCAAUGUCAAGAAGAGGGGCACGGAGGAAACACCUAUAUCUAGCACUGAGGCCCAGGUGAAGAUGUUUGGGAAAUGCUGCCAGCUUCGGCCUACUGGAGGUAGCAGCAGUUCCCUGGACAGCUCCUCUUCCUGUGCUUCUGAAACAAAGGAAACCAAGGAGCAGGGACUGCGUUUCCAGGGCUCAAGGUGUUCCUCCGAUGUGGUAAUGCUGGGAGAAAUGAUGUUCGGCUCUGUGGCGAUGAGCUAUAAAGGUUCCACACUAAAAAUCCACCAGAUCAGGUCGCCACCUCAGCUGAUGCUGAGUAAGGUCUUCACCGCCAGGACAGGAGGGAGUGUCUACGGCAGUCUCAACACGUUACAGGACAGUCUUGAGUUCAUUGGACAGGACAGCAACACACUGAGGCCAGAUCAAAACACCGGGGCCAGCAGUCUUCUUGGAAACAUAGGAUUUUCUCAGCUCUGCAGCCCUCGACGGGCCUUCUCUGAACAGGGCCCUCUGCGCCUCAUCAAGAGCGCAUCUUUCUUUUCAGGCCACAGCCACCCGAUGGACAUGCCUGGCCGAGGGCUUUACGAUGAGAGGGACAGCGGCAUUGCCAGGUCAGCUUCUUUGAGCAGCCUGUUGAUCACUCCCUUCCCAUCUCCUGGCUCCUCACUGAACAGCAGCUGUGCAUCCAGCUACCAGCGUCGAUGGCUUCGCAGCCAAACCACCAGCCUGGAAAAUGGUGUCUUCCCACGAUGGUCAGUUGAGGAGAGCUUCAACAUGUCUGAUGAAAGUGGUGGACAAAGUCUCGGCGUGGCUAGAAAGAAGAAGAUCGCCAUCGGGGUCAUUUUUAUGCUGUCACCAAACCCUGAGGAGAACAGCCGCUUUCAGGAUUUCUUUUUCUCCCACUUCCCUCUUUUUGAAAGUCACAUGAACAAACUGAAGAGUGCCAUUGAACAAGCCAUGAAGAUGAGUCGACGGUCAGCUGAUGCCAGUCAGAGGGCCUUGGCUUACAGCCGCAUGGUGGAUGGACUCAAUGAGUUCAGGAUGACCAUCUGCGACCUCUACACCAUGCCCCGCGUGGCUGAGCCUGUCUGGUUGACCAUGAUGUCUGGAGCGUCGGAGAAGAACCAGCUCUGCGGUCAAUUCAUGAGGGAGCUUUCUCUGCUGAUGGAGCAGGCCUCCAAGAACCAAUUUCUCCCUGCCUUACUGACAGCCAUCCUGACCAAUCACCUGGCAUGGGUGCCCACUGUUAUGCCCAAUGGGCAGCCUCCAAUCAAGAUCUUCCUUGAGAAACACUCCUCUAAAAGCGUCGACAUGCUGGCAAAGACGCACCCCUAUAACCCACUCUGGGCACAGCUAGGUGACCUGUACGGGUCUAUUGGGUCCCCAGUACGGUUGUCCAGGACUGUGGUGGUCGGUCGCAGACAGGAGUUGGUCCAGAGACUCCUCUACGUCCUUACAUACUUCAUCCGCUGCUCUGAGCUGCUAGAGACCCACAUGCUGGACAGUGCUGAGGACGAGGCUAUUGUCAUGCCCGGCUCUCUCAUCACCACGUCCUUGAGGAAAGGAGAGGUGGAGGAGUCAGACUAUGUCCUGGUUACCGUCCAUAAACCCAGUGGGGACUACUUGUCUGAAGGGGCCAGUAGCCAGCAGACAGAAGCCGGGGACAGCAGCUACCCUUCAGACAACAGCCUCCAGAGCAGUACAUACACGGACACAGAGAUGGAGCACUGCUCCGGGGACACACCCAAGGAGGAAGAUGAAGAUGAGGAGGACGAUGAGGAGGACAGCAGUGAGAGUCAAGGUUCCAGAAGUAGUGUGCUUCAGUCUGGACACAGCCAGGGUGAGAACCCUGAUAUCAGAACUACAGAAGCAGCUGAAUCCAGGGAGCUCUGCAGAGAGUCAAGCAGUCCGCUGGCCUCUGAAGCCCGACUGGAGACAGUGUUGCGUGUUGGUUCGGCUUCCCCUAGGGAACCGGUCUCUGUGCUGGAUACAGAGACCAAGAGUGACCUGAAGCUUAUUGUCCCAGCUAUGCCCACUACUCUUUCAUCAAGUCCAUCUGCAAAUCCUGUCACAUUAGAGGGUGUAAACUUUGGGUCUGAGGCUGGGAUGGAUGCAGGCAACCAGCAUCAGGCUCCUCGUCCUUUGGGGACCCCUUUAGAGAAGAAGCCCCCAGACAAGAGCCCAGCCGCUCCAGUGCCAGUACCACUCACUGGGCCUAUGGCUUUAACUCUAACAGAGGAGGAAGAGCCAGCAACUAAAGUCACCUUUCUUAUAGGAGACUCCAUGUCUCCUGAGUCAGACACAGAGAGCCGCAGAAGAAAGGUGGAGGAAGAAAUCAAGAAGCACAAGAAACACCUCAAGGACAAACAUCCGCUCCACCAGCAGCUGCUUCUACAUCAGCAACAGCAGCACCUUUAUAAGCAACAGCUGCAAAGUGGGGUGGAUUCAAAGACUAGUAACAGCAGUGCAUCAGAGGACCAAAGCAAACAGACCAAGGCGGCUCCACCUUUGCAGCGGGUGUCCAGUAAGAUGCCUCAGUGGAGCCCCAACUGUAUGGAUGAUUUUGAUGAGUAUUUCAGUCUGGAGAACCCUGUGGAGACAAGGACUAUAGACGAUAUGGCCAAAAAUCAGGAGGCCAGCACCACAGACAGUCUACGCAAAGACUUGCUGGACCCCUCGGGAGUCCCACGGUCCCAUGACUUAGAGGGUCAUAGUUUUCAGGGGCCAGUCCGGGUUCAUGGUGUAGGUCUCUGUUUGAGUACAGGUAGUGGAAUGGGUGGGUCCAGCAGGAGGGGGGACACAUUGUUGGAUGUCCAGAGAAGGUGCAGAUGUGGGUCUACAGACUCCUCUGACACCUGCUGCUGCAGGGGCUGUUCUGCUGAGCAGGAUAAGGGUCUUCUGUUGUCCGUUCCUGUCCCCCAGGAUGGAAGCAGCAGCAGCAGCAGCAAAGAGGACCAAAAGAGGAAAGCGGUGCCUCUCAAUGACUGGGAGAUCCCACGCAAUGAGAGCUCAGACAGCGCACUGGGGGACAGCGAGAGUGAGGAGACAGAGGACUGGCAGGAGGAAGUGCUGGUGCCCUUCCCUGGGUCAAAGUUGGUGGAGAACUACUCUAAGCCAAGCAUUGCCAAUUUUGGUCGCUCUCUGUUUGGAGGCUACUGUCCCAACUAUGUGCCAGACUUUGUACUGCAUGGGGUGCUAAAUGACGAGAAGCUACGGCAGAGUCUCAUGGCUGAAUUAACCCAUGCUGUUCAGCAUCCAGUAUUGGAUGAGCCCAUUGCAGAGGCUGUCUGCAUUAUAGCAGACACAGACAAGUGGACGGUGCAGGUGGCCAGCAGUCAGAGACGAGCCACAGACGUCAACAAGCUGGGGAAGGAGGUCCUGGUGUCCAGCCUGGUUUCCAGCUUGUUACAGUCCACCCACCAGCUCUACAAACUCAACCUCUCACCCAACUUUUGUAUAAUGCACCUUGAGGACCGUCUGCAGGAAAUUUACUUUAAGAGUAAGAUGCUUGCUGAGUAUUUAAAGGGCCAGACAAGAGUCCAUGUAAAAGAACUGGGAAUGGUCUUAGGGAUCGAGUCCAGUGACCUUCCCCUGUUAGCCGCAGUGGCCAGCACUCACUCCCCCUAUGUGGCCCAGAUCCUGCUAUGAGACCGUAAAGCCACCGAGGAACCUGAGCAGCAAGUCAGACCUGGGAGGUGACACUCUGUCCCCAAACAACGGCACUACCUGUCUGAUUGGAGACCCUGCAGCAUGGUUUCCUAACCCACUUUCCUGGGCUAAAAAGGAUCUCUGCUCUGACCUGCACACGGACCACAGCUGGCACGAUCCCUCUCUUCUGCUGCUGCUGACUGGGGUGUAAUGCUGCUGUUGCACCACUAGAGGGAACUAGAGACUACAGUCCCACAGAUGGAGUGCCGCUCUGUGAAGCAUCCAUGAAACGACCUUCUCCUGUUGUUUGAAUGUUUCUUUUUCAACAGGAAGCUUUUAUUUUUGGACAGAAAAGAAAGCCAAAGACUUUUUUUCAAAUUUUCCAGUUAAGAAUGAAAUUAUCUACAGAAUAAUAACAGUGGAUUUUUUUCUUCUUUUUUUCUGCACAAUCUUAAACCCAGUUGUACGAAGAAAACUGAUGGACAUUUUUAAGCAUUUCUAUUAGGUAAAUAUCAUUAAUAUCAUUAUCAAUCUCAUCCCAUCUAUAUUAUUUCAUUUAUCUUUAUGUUUUGUUUACAAGCUAGAGUUUCACUUAAAUAUCUCAGUAACUUUGAUUUAUUGGUCCGAUUAUAACACACACCUGAUUGAGAAGCUUGUUUUCUUUUCACACAGGAGUAUAAACACUGAGUGAUUUUGGUUCUACAAGCUUGUUUUAAAAUGGCUAAAAGUGCUUUUGACAUUCUUAUCAUAGGCACAGCACUACCUCAGAUCUUCAUAUGGGCAGUAGAUGACACACAUUUACAGUGGCUCCAUAUAGAACCCUGAGGUAAACUUUUUAAACUCUUUUAAUCAGAAGAAAACAACAACUGUGUGCAGACUCUAUGCUGUGUUCUUAGAAAAAGGGAUGGCUGUUUGAUUCCUUCUUAUGAUCAUUUCACAUAAAAAAAGACAGAAAAAACUUUUUUGCAUCAGAUUGUGACUACAGGGGGAGAGAGGGUCCCUUUCUACUGUGGAAAAAACACGUGCAUCAUCUAUUUUAAAACCAGAAUGCUGAAGUAUUUUCUUACUUUUAUAGCUUCCCCACCUUUUACAAUGUUUACGGCUUCCAUGUUUGCUGCAGAGAGGGAACACAGUAGACCUUGUUGUGGGUAAAUAUGUCAUCUAUCAGUUAACACUAUUUUCAAACAUCUUUCUAUGACGUUUAAGUACAGAAAACACAAAAUUGAAAACAUAAUUGCACACCUUUUCUUUUUGAUUUCCAAACAACAGAUAACUGAUUUUUAGUUUUGACAUGUAGCCAGGGUGCGAUUUGCUGAGGGUGGACAUCAGUGUGGUUGCUUUCACAGGUUCUGUUUUUUUUUUUUUUUUUUUAAUUUUCUCUUCACUUAUAGUUCAGUUUACGGCAGGGCAACUGGGACAUUAUUUAAAAGUUUUUUUGUUUUUUUUUUACGGCAUUGGAAGAUAAUCUGUAUCAUGUUUGCUUUAUUGCAGGUACAGUAGGAUCAGUUAAAAUUUCAGGAAAAUAUCUGCAAUUUUUAUGAUGAAUACCUUAAAAUCUAGUGUAUGAGAUGCACUUUAAAAACACCUGUUUUUCUGUCUAAAAAGGGAGCUGCACCCUAUAUGCUGAUGCAGCCAAUAUCCCAGGAUAAAAUGCUGUACCAUCAUAACCACAAGUACGGCUAUCACCACGUCACAUGACCUGACACUGUUGAAAAAAGGCCUUCAUUAUUUUGUAUUAAAAGCAGCAAAACAGCUGCUUAAAACCUGCUGUGAUACAAAGCAACGUGUACCAGACUGACCGUGCCACUUUACAACAGCUUUUCUCCCUCAUUAGGUCAUAAUCUAGCAUUUAAAGAAAAAGAAUGUAUACUGUUAAGUAGAUAAAUCUUGUGGAGUUCUGGUUUGAUUGAAAAGACUCCUCAAUUUAAGAUAACAAGAGACUAAAAGAGAUUGGCAACACAACUUGGGGGCUGUAGGUCCGUAAUUCACAACUUUAAUAUCAACAUUACGGUAGGCUGAGCACUCGGAUACCGUACUGAUAACUAGCAUGAGCGCAAACUCCACUUAGUGAAAACACACGGUACUAAAAUAGCUGCACAGAAACUACACAUUGUGGACUUUGCUUUAAAGAUUGUAAUAUCUCAGUCUUCUCAGUGUUUGCAGUAAAGCUUUUAGAUUGGACUGAGGUACAGCCUGCUGUGUAUGAAUGCGGACAAUAGCUCAUAUUCCUAGAAUAAGAAUACCAAACUUGAGAAUAAUGUUUCUUUGCAAAAACUCAAAUCGCACCCUGUAUAUGACCCAAGUCUUAAUAGAAAUGUGGCAUGAAGGCAUCACAUGUUUCUGGCGGGCUCAUUUUUGCUGGUAAAAUUGAAAUCUUUAUUCAUGCCUGUAACCGACCAUAUGAAGAUGCUCCGCUGUAUCAGCCUACAUUUGUACAACCCAGCCAUUAUGUUUAAAAGGUAUGAAUUUCUAUCUGCUUUUUCCCUCUUUGUAUAUACAUAAAUUAUUUAGUUGCCCAUGGUAUGUGUCACGGUUCUUGUUAAACUGUACAUACUCAAGUUUAUUUACAUGUAUUUGUACAGAAUGUCUUUUAAGAAUUGUCUCCUCAAAUUAUUUUUCCCAAUUUUAUGGGAAUGUUGUGCAAUAAAGAUGCAGAGGUAAACAUUU